UAAGCAAUACUUCAUCAACAAAAGUCUAACCUAUUAUAUAUUCAAAGUUUUUAUGAAAAAGAUAUAUAUUUUUUAAAUUAAAUGAAUGUGUAAGUAUAUAAUUAAUUAGGAUUAUCAAAAAACGUUUUAUUAUCAGUAUUUUAUAUGUAACAAAUGGUAUGAGUUAUAUGAUUAAAUUACCGUCAUUAAUAUCAUCAAAAAUAAAACGAAACAGAUUUACAAGGCUAUUUUAUACAGUACAUCAUAGUGAGAAACGAGGACUUUUCUACGUAAAAUUGGAUAAUGAUUCAAGAGCAAUACUGCACUACAUAUCUGAAGGAAAAGUUUUAGAUAUGCAAAGGAUUAAUGUACCUCAUAGAUAUACAGGAAAAGGUUUAGCACGAUUGCUUACAGAGACAGCAUUUACAUAUGUUAUUUUGAAUAAUUACUAUAUGUAUUUGACAUGUGAAUACAUGCAGAAGUAUUAUCUUGCAAUUAAAAAUCCAGAUCUUGAAGAAUAUGUUGUUGGACCACCACAUAUUUUAGAAGGACCUGAUUCAAAAUCCUUAGACCCUAAUAUUAUAUAUGAAUUGCCUGAUCCAGAAGAUUUUUUGAUAUAUUCUUCUUAAUAAAUAAUUUUUAUAUUAUUAGUUAUUGAAAUCUUGAGUAAUUAUUGAGUUAAAUUAUUUAUGAUUUA